AUGGUGACCGUCAGCAAGUCGCACUCGGGCGCUGACUCUGUUCCGCUCCCUACGUCCCCCGAGCCCGGUUCCAACUCCCCGCCCUCGAAACGAGAUUUGGCCUCAUGGUGGAAGCAAUUCAAGCGAAGCACCAGGAAGGAUGAACUGAAAGAACCUCCCCGCGGAAUUUUCGGCAUUCCACUCAAUGUCAGCAUUAAGUACGCCAAUGUGGCAAUCUCCUUGACCAACGAUCACGGCGAAAGCUUCAUAUAUGGAUAUGUGCCGAUUGUUGUCGCCAAGUGUGGUGUCUUCCUCAAAGAAAAAGCAACCGAUGUGGAGGGCAUCUUCCGCCUCAAUGGAUCUGCCAAACGCAUCAAGGACCUCCAGGAGGUCUUCGAUUCCCCCGAACGCUACGGAAAAGGGCUUGACUGGUCCGGCUAUACCGUUCACGAUGCUGCAAAUGUGCUUCGCCGAUACUUGAACCAGCUCCCCGAGCCGAUCGUGCCUUUGGAGUUUUACGAACGCUUCCGCGAGCCGUUGCGAAUCUAUCAGAGACAAGUCCAGGAGGACAAAGAGACACCGGAUGGCGAGAAGUUUGAUCACGCAAAGGCUGUGGAGACGUAUCAACGACUCAUCAUCGAGCUGCCUCCGUUGAACAAACAACUCCUGCUCUAUAUCCUCGAUCUUCUUGCAGUCUUUGCAUCCAAGUCUGAUCAAAACCGUAUGCCAUCGGGCAAUCUUUCGGCAAUCUUUCAACCCGGCAUGCUGUCGCACCCUCAGCACGACAUGUCUCCCGAGGAGUACAAAUUGAGCCAGGAUGUUUUGAUUUUCCUCAUCGAGAACCAGGAUCAUUUCCUAUUCGGCAUGAGCGGCACCGCAGCCGAUGAGCAGACCAUGAAGGAAGUCGAAGCCGGAAUCCCCUCGCGGCCGUCCCAUUCAACCGUCCGACGAUCUGUCUCCAAUGCCAGUGCCAACACAGAAAGUCAUCGCAAGUUGGACAACAUCCGGAGAAAUGUCUCUGUUUCCUCUCGUAAUUCUCGCCACUCGAACAACGCUCCCAGCCCCGGCACUCCUAACUCAAUGACUGGUGGCGGCGGCGGUGGUGUUCACCGAAGCAAUACCCUCCCAUCAAAGAUGGGCCCUGUGCUCACUUCGGCGCGCUAUGCUCGGGCCAACGAGACUGCCUCCAGCAAUCCCUCGGGGCUAGUUGUUUCUCACCAGAGCUCUCGGUCUACCAGCCGCACUCCAUCAGUGCGUGAAGAGCCAGAGCCUGCACCUGUGCCCGUGCCUGAGCAAAAGCCUGCCGAACAACCGACGGUGCAGCAGGAAGAGCAAAAGCUUAGUCAAGCAACUUCCGUUUCAACUACUGGAGGCAACGCUUACGUUCAUACGACAACCCACGGCCCCAUACCCCCGGCAACCGCUGAACGUCUGAGCCUUACUGAGGCCCCGAGACCUCAGGAGAACUUACAAACCCCGGUAUUGUCACCUCCAGCGGUCGUAACCCCCACUCGUGAACGUAAGCUUUCGAACUUCUUCACCAAGUCACCACCCCCCGAGAGCGAGAAAGAGCCUCGGCAGCCAAACAGGUUGAGAAAGAAGCGGAUACCUGGUAGCGCAAGCAUCAGCGCCCAAAGUUCGACCAAUUCCCUCCAUGGCCACAGCGUUGAUCACAAUGCGGACCUCGAGCCGAAGAACGAGAAUCAGUCUGUGGAUGUUGCCAUUGGUGACACCACUCCUAGGCCACCCAAUACCGCCACGCUUGCCAACCGAGACCAUCCGUCUGACUCGAACCCUGCCUUGGUAGAGAGCAAUCUCCAACAUCAUGAUAACACUCUAAAACCCCACCAAUCGCGCACACCCUCAAUGAACUCUCGUUCUUCUUUCACCGACCAGUCUGAUCUGGAUCAGCCCGAUGACGCUUCUCGCCAAGAGCGUCGUGAAAACCGGCGGAGUUGGCGGUUCCCCCGAUCAUCAAAACGCGCCAGUGAGCAACUCGGUCUCGGCCUUGCCUCUCCGCCCUUGAUGGCGACCAACCCGGGCGCCGAGCAAAGUACCAGUUCAAUUGGGAGUGGACACAAUCCAGUCUCAGACCCCUCCAGCCAGCCACUGAGCUUGGAUGCUGGCAUUCAACCCAGUUCCUCUGCUGGAUCGGAGGGUGAGAAGAAGAGCUUAUUCGGGAAGUUCAAGGCCAAGGUUGCCCAAGUUCGGGACGGUGUCAAGGAUGAGCGUGAACGCACAAAGAGCCCAACUCGCUCGGAUACCGAUCCGUCGCUCACUAGUCAACCCUUGUCUCCUGUUGUCGCCGCUGCCGCUGAGCCAGCAAAUGGAAAGCCUGCUUCGAUUGAAAUACCACGAGAACAGCCCAAGGAGGAGCCUAUUCGGUCGCCUGUGUCACCGUUGCCAGGUGCAGGUCUUCCCCCUCCAAUCCCGGAGGAGCCACACAGCCCAGUGGCGAGUAUGGCUGCGCCAGUUGAUGAGAAGGUUGACUCGGCUCAAAUACCGACCAGCGAAUCUAUGCCCGCAUCCGAGCCCACAAUACCUCAUGACCCCCCGAAAGAUGCAACUGGACCGUCUACAUCGACUGCCUAA